UUAGUUGAUAUUUUUGGGCUACGUUUGUUUUUGUGUGUGGAGUGUGGAUAUGCACGCGUGCACAUUUUUUAAUUUUGAGAGUUAAGUAUAUUUCUCAUUUAUGCAGUGUCCAAUUUCCUCCGAUGUCCAAAUAAGGACCAAGAGUUAAGAUAAGUUUACGAGUUAUACGAUUAUAGAGUUUCCCGCAUUUCCGAUAUCCGAUUUCCCGCUUUCCGUAACAACUUGAAGUGCUACGGACCGUAGCCUACGGUCUCUACUGCAAAUCGCUGAGUCCCGAAAACAGUAUUUUAAGAUGUAAAAGCAAAUAAAAAAUGUAGCCAUUUUAAUUUAACCCAUGGUAAGUAAUAAGGUACAUAAAUUGCGUUUCUUCAAUGAAACAAAAUGUAAAAACGUUCAAAAUGCCGUCUCAAACGACAUUAGACAAGUACUACAAAGUAAUAUACAAUAAAAAGGUUUCGCAAAAAGAAAUCUUAGUUGAAAAAGAAGGUGGAAACGGAAAAGGAAGUUAUCACCGUAACCCCUUUGCUUUGCGAAAAUCAAGAAUGCGUCCAACAAAAAUGCUAAAUUUUGUUGAAAGUGAGGUCCAAAUCAUUAAAGUAUGUCGGCCUUCCGCAAUAACUGAAAAUGAGAGUACCAACAAUCAAAAAAGAACAAAUUCCUCGGAAUUGGGAAGUUUGCACAAAAAGGCUAAAACUACUUUGUCAUCAACUGAUUUGACAUCAACCUCUGAUCAAAGCACUCUGUUAGACGUAAACAAUCUGACAUCAAGUCAAGUUCGUGCAACAACUAGAGAAAGUCCAAUUUCGAGCCAAAGUACUAUGUCACCCAACAAAAGCCCUCAGUCACAGAACACCAGUCUUCAGACUCCUAGCAAAAGCAUGUCAACUAAUGACAAAAGUUUUUCAUCGCCAAAUAAAUGUAUGCAGUCAUUGACCGAAAGUCCAGAAACACCUAGAAAGAAUGGAUAUCAAACCCCAUUAAAAGUGACAAGUCCAAACAAACUUAAUUCUACUGGAAAGAAAUCAAAUUUCCUACCCAAAGAAAUGACACCUCAAAAAAAGAUAUCUCCGUCAAAAACAAUAUCUCCAAGGAAAUUAUUUUUUGCAGAUAGAGUUAUUAUAGAUACUGUGCAGCAAGCUGUUGAAAAUCUGAAUCUUGUCAGGCAGGGUAGUAUUACUUUGAACGAAUUCGAUUUGGAAUCAAUAUAUGAGGAAAAAAACUUUAGUUUCGUGUACAGUGAUAAUAUAGAUCCAACAUCUCAAAAGUUUGAGCUAAAAGAUAUUAUUUUUCCUCGUGAAAAGCACGCAGAUCAUUUGUUGAUGAUAGUGAUGGAUGUAUUUUCUGAACCUAUGAAUUGCGGUUAUUUUUUAAAAGAUGAACUUAAUAAAAUAUUUCAACUAUUUACAUUGUCCCUGGAAGCACAAACGUUGUUUGUAAGACUGUUGAAAAGAAAAAUAGGAUGGCAUAGGACGAGCAACAUUAAGUACCUGGAAAUUGCUAGCGAUUUGACUCCAUUUUUCAAGGAGUUGAUAGAAAAGGGAUUUUGCACAUCAGAUUUAAAUUCAAUGGAUGUAUCGAUUCUACUGAAUAUGCUACAAGCAGAUGAAGUCAAACAUAUGUGUCAGAAAUUGAAAAUUGAUCAUCGUGGUAACAAAGCAGUACUGAUUAAUAGACUUGAAAAAUAUGGUAAUUCUGCCAAAUCUUUUUUCCUUGGAGCAAAAACGCCCAAGUCCAUACUAAGGUCUGAAGUCUUGUCAGUUCUGCAACUGUGUGUAACGUUGCCCCAAGAAAUUUUCAACUUGUUUGAUAGAGUUAUGACUCUUUUACAUCCUAUGCAAGAUCCUACAGAAAGUAUUGCAGAUUUAUUUCUGAUGUUGACCACUGUUCAUAAAGGAGAAAUACUAUACCCAUACGUCCCAAAAAAAGAUCCUUAUCCUGUAUUUCAAAACAGGUCGCAUUUAAUAGGAUAUGUUGAAAGCAAAAAUGCAUACAGACAAGUGCUCACUGCUAUUGAAAACAAAGAAUGGGACAUAGUUAAAAAAUUGGGUCGCAUAGCUCUUAAAAAUUUGAAAGAAGGACAAGAAAAUUAUGUAAAAAAUUCUCUCCCUCUGCAUGUGCGAAAAUUCGUACCUGAAUACGAGUGGACGAAAGUUUUGUCCAGAAGCAUUGAUGCUUUCAAAAAAAAUCCAGAGACCAUUCCCGAGGCUGUGAACGCUUUGCAAGCUUUAAUAGAUGAUAAACACUUUUGUCAAAGUAGUCGUGGAAAGUGGUAUAGUGAAUUAGCAUUAAUAGAGAUGCACCAUAAAAAAGAUUUGGAAACCAGUGCUGCUUUAACUCUGCACGCUUUACAACAAGACACUUUGACAGAAGUUGAUGCUUCGGGAUUAAUAAGUAGACUGGUAAAACUAAUGAGACGAAAAACUGGAAUAUCUGCAGAAACCAAAGUUAAAAUUCAAAUGACUUUAGAUGAAGUGACAAAAAAAGGCUUAACUCCCCUACCCGUGAACACUAAGACUGUCACUGCAAUCAUGGCAAACAGGGCUGAAUCAACUGGUCAAACUACAUGGUCAAUCAAAAUAAAUGGACAUGACAAGUAUUAUGGCAGGGUAGAGGUAGUAGCCCUUCAACAUUACACUAGUGAAGAAGAUUUUCACGAAGGACUUCAUUGCGAAGGUUCUCUGCCAAUUACAUUGUUUACAAUAUUCUUUUGGGAAGAAUUAUUCAAUGUUUCUGUGCCCGGAGUUUUUGUAUCUUCCUAUCAAGAAGCACCCUUAGAUCUUUUUACUGCUGAAUUUUUCAAUAACAGAAAGGAAAAAAUAGAAGAAAAAAUUCAGUUUAUUAAAGCAUUAGAUUUAGAAACUUUUGCUGAUUGGAUGUACACAAAAUAUUCCAACAACAUACAGUACCGAACCAUAAUGCCAAAUACAUUAUUCAAGUCGGACCAACAGUUUAAGGAAGUUGUUACGUGCCUUGGUAUAAAUGCCGUAGUAGGUAUUUGUCAAAAACUAGUAUCCAACUACAGACUGUGGAGGUCUGGAUUUCCAGAUCUUAUUGUAUGGAACAAGCUUAUACCAAAGUGUAAGAUUAUUGAAGUUAAAGGACCUGGGGAUUCGCUAUCUGAGAAGCAAAAAUUGUGGCUUCAGUAUUUGGAACAGCUGGGAGUAGAGGUUCAAGUGUGUCUUGUGGAAGCUUUAGGAAGGAGCUCAAAGUAGCGUGUACCUUUGAGUUAUAGUUUAUACGUUUCUAUAAUAUAUAUUGUAAGUCAAUUAUUAACAUGUG